GUCAUCGCGCCGUACUCUGCGCAAGUGCGCGCGCUCAGAAACGCGCGGAACGCCGUUCUUGGCCUCGGCAACGAGCUCGAGAUUUCCUCCGUGGACGGGUUCCAAGGGCGAGAGAAAGAAGCCGUCGUGUUCACCGCGACUCGAAGCAGCGAGGGCGGCGCCCGCGGCGUCGGGUUCCUCGCGGACCCGCGCCGCGUGAACGUCAUGCUGACGCGCGCGAAGCGCGGGCUCGUCGUCAUCGGCGCCCCGGAGACGCUG